AUGAAGUGCAGCCUACUCCUGCGUAGUGAGGGAUUAUGGGAUGCUGUACAGAAUCCACCAGAUGUAACUUCUUGGGAUCCAGAUGAUGAGGAUGAUGCCAAGAAGAUAGCAGAUUUUCAACGAUGCAACGAACGAGCGUUGUACCCUUCUCCACAGAAAGUAAAGCUUGUGCCUGACAUAGAGCAAGAGAAUGUGGAGACAAUGAAUGAGCUUUAUUCAAGGCUUUACAAAGAAGCAGAAAAGAUCAAGAAAUGGAAAGUCAGUAUACAAUAUGAAUUAAUGGAAAAAGAGAAAAAAUUGCAAGAAAAUAGAAAGAUUACUGAAGCAUUGCGUAAAGCCAUUCAAGAAUUACAGUUUGAAAACGAAAAAUUAAGCCUAAAACUUGAAGAUGAAAUACAUGAAAACAAUGAACUUCUAAAAGAAAAUAAUGCUACAAGACAUUUGUGCAACUUACUCAAAGAAAAAUGUAUGCAAUCAGUAGAGAAGUGCAACAAAUAUGAAUGUGAACGAGAAGAAACCAGACAAAUGUAUGUGGAUCUUAACAAUAACAUUGAGAGAAUGAUAAAGGCUUUUGAAGAACUUCGUUUACAAGCAGAGAACAUCAGAAUGGAAAACUAUUACAAAACUUGGAAUAAUCAGUUGGGUGGAAUAAGAAAGCAGUUGUCAUUGACAACUAAAUCUAAUGGUGCUGACUCUUCAUCAUUCAUGAUCUACUGUCCACAAGGGGGCAAACAACAAGAUGAGAUAAUAAAAAAAGCAGAAAGCAAACAACAAUUCUUUUUGGCAGAACUGGAAAAUGCUACACAUUCUUUGGAAGAUACAAAGAAUACUUGUAAGAAUUUGGAAACUGAGUUGCAAAUUACAGUAAAAACAUUAGCAGAAGUCACUGAACAAAAGGAAUUGAUUAUAAGAGAAUUUGAAGAAACUAGAGUUCUUCAUGCAUCGGUUACUGAUGGGUUCCAGAUUGAAGUUUCUAAUUUGAAGGAGAUGCUAUUGAAAGCAGAAAAUAGGCAAAAGGAAUUGAGAGAUGCCUCAGAUGCAUUAGUUUUGGAACUCCAAAAUAAAUCAACUGAACUAGAAAUGAUGACCAAACUGAAAAAUGAUAAAGAAAACCAAAUUGAAGAAUUGAAACCAGUCUUACUUCAAGUCCAAGAAUCUUUACAUGGAAAACAAAUUCUUGAGAAGACCAUUGAGAAAUUACAAGAAAGAGAAAGAGAGUUAAAGGACACUCUUCAGACAAGAGAGAAAGAAAUACGUGAUUUGGAAAUGCAAUUGUCUGAUGAAUUCGAAAAUAAACAAAAUUGCUUUCAACAACUUGCAACACUGAAAGCAGAGCUUGAAAAAGAAAUUCUAAAGAAUAAAGAGCUAAAUAUGGAGUGGAACAAAAUUUUAUUUGAGAAAGAACAAAUUAUAACAGAGAAAAAGAUGGUAGAUGAUGAACUUCAAAAAUGUAAAGAUAAUAUUAAGAAUGUUAAAAAUACAGAUGAAGAAACCAAAAAUCAGAUAGACAUUUUAAAACAAGCUAACCUACUAUUAAGCAAUGAAUUAGAGGAAGUAACGGAGAAACUAAAACAGAAGGCAGAAGAAGCAAAAAACAAAGUUGAUGAAAAUGAAGAAAAUGUAUCAAUUCACACUGAUUAA